UUGACCUUAAUAAAGGGUUUAAGUCUAUCGUCUAUUACGUGUUUAAAUAAACCCCGUAUACACCUCGACGUUAGCUUCCCGGAGCUUGCGCAGUGUACAUUUUUCUGGGGCAAGACCCAUGAGGUGGAUAUGCCACAGGUGAACCUGUUAGAGUCUAUCAUGUCUUUACUGAAAGUAGAUUUGCAGCUGACCAGAGAGAAAAAGAGAGAAAGACGACGGACGGCGUGUGAGAGAGACGCGAAACAUUGAACGGAGCAAAAAGCUUCGGAAUCGCUCAGACGACAGGCUCCUUUAACGUCGUUCCUAUUUCGUAUAAUUAACAAUCAACAAUGCUGACGGGAGUGAUAGACGGCACGCAGUUGUGUUGCGAGGACGACAACUCCACUAUCGGGCGCGCGCCUGUCGAGGACGACGCUCGAAAUCAGGCGGUAUCUCUGCUAUGGAUUUCUUAUGGUGUCGUAGUCCCGAUCAUAUUGGCCAUCGGCGUCCUCGGCAACGCGGCGAUCCUUGUCGUGCUGUCCGGCCCUGUGUUCCGGGGUAUCGCCUACUUGUAUCUCAGCGGACUCGCGCUGGCGCACAUCGGCGUUACCCUGUCUUGGAUAACAAUCACACUGAGAUUGGGCUAUGGUAUGAGCAAUAAUUACCCGGCAGCCUUUUACUAUGCACAUCUAGAGCUCGUCAUUCUGAAUGCCUUCUCAGCCGCCAGUGCUUUUAUCAUGGUCUGCUUAAUCGUGGAUCGAUAUAUUUUUGUAUUUUUUCCGGCACGCAUUCGUACCGGAAACACGCGCAAGAAUGUCAACAACUUCAUAUUGUCUUCCUUCAUCGCCGGUUUCGUGAUUAGUUGCCCAUUAUCAAUCAUGAGAAUGGUUUAUGCGGAACAAAACGGUUCCGGCACUUCUUUCGCGCUACGUGAAAAUAUGCGGGUUACGCAGAGCACGAUGUGGAAAGCGUAUAUUUGGAUAAUGGAGAUCGUGGUGCGGAUUUGUCCGUCGAUCUUAUUUAUUAUAUUGAACAGCUUGGUAAUUAAGAGAUUCCUGCAGUUGAACGCGCAAACCCGACAAUUCAACGUCGCUUCGGACAAAUUUCGGCCCAACAACGCGCCCGAUAUGUCGUUAUUGUCUCGUAAUCGAGGAUACAAAGAGGAGCAACACUUGGCGAUAAUGACGACAACAAUGAUAUUGUGUUUCUUUGUAACGACAGUCCCGCCAAGUCUCACGCCGAUGCUAUAUAUCGAUCAUCACUCGUCGGAUCUUGGUUAUCAAACUUUCCGAGUGUGUUCGGCGAUCGUUGAGCUCAGCAAUUACGCCGUUUAUAUUCUUAUAUAUCUCGUCUGCAGUACUGAAUUUCGAAGGGAGUUGCUGCGAAUUCUACAAGGCAGAUGUAACGAAAGUGACGGACAAGAUGCCGAUCAACCGAUAGGUGAAAUCGAGGAUUACAGCCGACAUGGCACCACCAUUCGUUUAUCACCGGAACAUACUAAAUUAAAUUCUCCGGAAUCACCGACUAAAGAAAUUAAAUUGGAGGAAGAGACGAAUCCGUCGGAGGCUACUGCUUUUAUGUUAGAGAAUCGUGUUAUCACGUAAUCACUUGCGCCUUGAAUUCGAUUAUUUGUAUUUGUUAUAUAUCUGUCAUUGUACCUUUCUACUUCAUCCAUGAUGGAACUUUACCUGUAAUUAAUGAUUCAAAUUAAUGUAUGAAACAGUUUUAUGUAUUAUACUAUUAUAUUAUAAUUUUAUAUUACGUUAAUAACAU